UGCGUUGCUCAACCUACUGGCAUCUCUUACACGUCUACUCCGGACUCUGACACAGCAUUCCUUGCUGAUAAAUACUAUUCGGAUGCCGCAGCAGCAGCUCAGGCACCUGCAGGAUAUACUGAAGCUUUCAAGAACCUGAAUGCAUCAAACAAUGCUCUUGGAUACCUUGGAUUCAGUUUGAUGAGCUCUUACAAUCCCUCGGUCUGUGCUGCUCGCUGCGAUAAAGUCAACGGAUGUCAGGCCAUCAACAUCUACUUCGAGAGAGACCCAACAGUCGAUCCAAACGAUGCUUCAUGUGCAGACUCUUAUGGAAAGUCUUACGUUCAGAUUAAAUGCGUUUAUUGGGGAGGUCCAGUCACCGCAAGCAAUGCGUUGAACUUCGGACAAUACCGCAACAAGUUCCAUGUGGUUAUCGCUGGCAGCAACGGCUACGUC